UAGAUUGGACAUAAGAAGUUUUUUACAGCGAAGGUGAUGAGGUUGCCCGAAGAGGUGGAGGAUGCCCCAUCCCUGGAGACAACCAAUGUGAGGCUGGGCGGGGCUUUGAGCAACCUGACCUAGCUGUAGGUGUCCAUUCAUUCAUUGCAGAGCCUCAAACUGGGUUAUUAUGCGUCAGACUGCGGUAUCACUGAGCAGCUCGAUGUUUAACUGCAUGCAACACUACCGAUUUUACUCAGGCAAACUAAGGUCCAUCCCGACAAAAGAGCCUCACGAGGCAGAACGACAGACCACACCAUGACACCGCCCCUGCCACUCCCAUUCCGUGCCCCCGGCAGGAAGAUGGCGGCGCUGCCUCCCGCCGUGCCCCGCGGGUAGGCGGGCACUCCCGUUCAGUGGGCGCUGCCAUCAAAAUGGCGGCGGCGGCGGGAAGUACGAAUGGGGUUUGCCGCUCGCUCCUCUGAGGGAACGGUUCGGGGCGUCAUGGAUGUUUCAGGUUGCAUGAAGUCCCUGCUCCUGGCAGCCACGCAGUACCGAGCUGCUAAGACGCCAUCCAACGCUGCUCUGGUCCAGCGCAGCCUGGAGGUAAUCUCAGGACUGAAGCUUAAAAGAUUAUUUGCUUCCAACCAGAUUCUACCAAGUGAAUGUCUUAAUUGCCUAGUAGAACUCCUUGAGGACGCUAAUAUAGAUCCUUCUCUAACAUUGUCUUUGGUGACUUUACUAUCACAGCUAGCUUCAGACAAUGAGACAAGAGAAGCUCUUCGGGAUACCUACAGUCUGAUCAAUGUGCUGGCAGGAGUGGUUCAUCGAAGUUCUACUAAUCUUAGUGAUCCAGUCUUAUUACAGGUAACAGGAACUAAUGCUUAAUGUUUGCUUACUGAGUAAAAGUUGACAAGCUGGAUGUUUUAUUUGCUGUGUGAGUCUAGUGUGACAGGAUUUUAGCACUGCAGAUUCUAUGUAUUCUAUCUGUAAUAUUGCUUGUGCUUCUUACCUGUUCUAAUACAUUUAAAGAAAAAAAGAGAAAACAUUUUUAAAUUGGAAGCUUCCACUGUGUGACACUACUGAUUGAGAGCUUAGAAGCUUAUUUUUCAUUCUGUUUUUCAUUUUAUUUUUAAUUCAUUUUAAGGUUCCUAACAAAAAUUUGAAUAUUGUUUUGUCUAAUCAGUAGGUUGGCAACUGUGAAAGAGCAAAGGGCUGUGGCUGCUGCUCUCUGGAGGUUUGCAGAGUGUAUGUGCCUCCUUCUCUUUGGUCAGUGGUGUCUGCUGUUGAAUAAAAGGGACUGUGCUAAUGGAAGCCUACUUUUAGGAGCCUAGUGUAGACAUCAUUAUAUUAUUGCUUUAUUUAUUUAUUUUCAGUGAAUAAAUUAUAUCUCCCAGUCCAGUUUCACUAACUUGCACCUAUAAUUUCUGUAUGCUAAACAAUGAAGUUGGGCUUUUUUUCCCCCCCCACCACCUUGAAUGCAUACAUAUUUUGUCAUACGUAGGUUUGAGCUUUCAGCAUGUGUUUGCUGGCCAUCUAUGGUCACCUCUUUUGUGGUCAUCUCUUUUCUGAGUAAGGAAAGGAGAGGA